CUGAAGAAUGGCUGGUUACAAUAUCUCCAGGAACUCCUCUUGUGAUCCUAUACUGACUCCUCAUUUAACCUGGCUCUACUUUGUAGUGCUCAUUGGCGGACUGACAGGUGUCAUCUCCAUUUUGUUCCUGCUGGUGAAAAUGAAUACCCGGUCCGUGACGACCACAGCAGUCGUUAACCUGGUGGUGGUCCACAGUGUUUUUCUGCUGACAGUACCUUUCCGCUUGUCCUACCUCAUCAAGGAGACUUGGACAUUUGGAUUGCCCUUCUGCAAAUUUGUGAGUGCCAUGCUGCACAUCCACAUGUACCUCACCUUCCUCUUCUACCUGGUGAUCCUGGUUAUCAGGUACCUCAUCUUCUUCAAGCGCCAGGACAAAGUGGAAUUCUACAGAAAACUACAUGCGGUUGCUGCCAGUUCAGGCAUGUGGCUUUUGGUGAUUGUCAUUGUGGUACCCCUGGUCAUUUCUCAGUAUGGAAAUAAUGAGGAGUACAAUGAAAACCACUGUUUUAAUUUCCAUAAGGAACUUGGUCAUGAGUAUGUGCAAGUCAUCAAUUACAUAAUAGUCAUUAUUGUCAUAACCACUGCAGUGAUUCUCUUGGUCUUCCAGAUCUUCAUCACUAUAUCCAUGGUGCGGAAGCUAAGCCACUCCUUACUGUCCCACCAGGAGUUCUGGGCUCAGCUGAAGAAUCUAUUCUUCAUAGGCAUCAUCCUUAUUUGUUUUCUUCCCUACCAGUUCUUCAGGAUCUAUUACUUGCAUGUUGUGGCACAAAACAAGGGCUGCAAUAACAAUGUUGCAUUUUACAACGAAAUCUUCCUGAGCGUCACAGCCAUUAGCUGCUGUGAUUUACUGCUCUUUGUUCUAGGGGGAAGCCAUUGGUUUAAGCAAAAGAUAAUUGAUCUAUGGAAUUGCCUUUUGUGCCGUUAGCCAUGAACCACCAUAGUCAUUUCUUUGUAUUGGGAGUGGAAAUAGUUCAGGGAGGUAAGUGGAGGGCUGUGGAAAAUAAUAUUCCAACCAGAUAGCCCCAGAAGAAAAGCGGAGAGAUGGUGCAACUCCAGAGGAGGGAGAGAAAACUAGCCAAGCAUUAACCUGUCGGUAAGUCCUUUCCCAAUAACAAUGGGCCCUGAAGGAAGGGAGUGGCAUCUGAAUGCCGGGCUAUGGACUUGAACCUUCCCCCAUAGCAAAUUAGUCCUAAAUGGAGACUCAGUAAAUAUGGAAACUCUGGGAAACAGUGAAUCCCAGAGAAAGAAAAGCAAUGGGUGAGAUUUGAGGAGACAUCUCUCAGGAUCUGGACUCCCAUCUCUCCAGGUAACAAUGAGUUUCAACCUUUUUAAACACUGCUUUCCUGAGUUAAAGUUUUAACCUGCACCACUAGCCCCUGACUGUCCAAAGGGCACAUCCACAGUUCCCAAUGAUUAAGCCACCCUCACUGUAUCCUCUGUAACUGAAGGCCACUUUCUCAUCCAGAAAAUGAACCCCUAUGGUGCCUGAGUCUGUGAAUGAAUAAACCGGCAUCUCUGAAUCUUUUGAGGUCUGCAUUCAUCAUUUUGUGCUUACAAUAAGAAUACCAUUCAUUAUUUGCUCCAGCCAAACAAAAGUAGUAUAAAAUUACAGAGCACUCAUCUCAAUCUUUACUUGAUCCCUGUGGUCUCCAAAAGAUGCCCAUACAAAGACCACAGAUGAUGACUCCACAUGGAGUUACAAUUAUGCUUUUCUCUCUAUGAGACUGUGUUAUAAUAAAAGGCUGACUAAUGUGGACCUACAGAAGAAAUGUUACCCAAAUAUGAGAUUGCAUUAUUUUCUAGUGUGAAAUGUUUGCUUGGCCCAUCUAGGCAACAUAGGUCUAACGGGUACAAGUUUCAUUAGCUCAUUCUAAUUUCCUCAGCUAGAAGCAUGGUCUUUUCUUGGGGUUUGGACUGGACUCAGCUGUCUAGUUCUUUUCAUGCCUCUUCAUCUUAGGUAGGUUAAUCUUGGUUAUAAUUUAGCUCUCAAUACACCAGACAAGAUGAUCCAUCCAACUCACACUGGCAAAAAGAGAUGAAGGGAGAAAUAGCAUGAAAUUUCUCUGGGUAAUCAUAACUGGUGAGAAGUUCAGUAUUUAGACAUGAAGAGAAACAGAUCUCGUGGACUACUGCUAGAACAAGGAUUUCUAGAUAUGUCCUUUUUUUCUAGAAUAUUACUUUAUUUAUUUAUUUUAUAUUUGUUCUAAUUAGUUAUACAUGACUGUAGAAUGCAUUUUGACACAUUGUACAUAAAUGGAGCACAACUUCUCCUUCCUCUGGCUGAACACGGUACAGGGUCACACCAGAAGUGUCAUCAUACAUGUAUAUAAGAUAUAAUGUUCAUCUCCUUCCACUGUCCUUCCCAUACGUCUAGAUUUGUCUAUUGAAAGGUCAAGUUUAAUGAAAACCACUGUCAUAGGGGUCUGUGUUCAGGAUCACCAAUUGUACUGUUCCUCCAAAAAUCAUUUUUAAGGUUACUGAAUAUAUCUAAACAAUGGUGAAAUUCUAACCUAGAGAAUAUUCCUGAUCAAUGUGCUGCUAGGCAUUAAAAUGUGUUCCCAAGAGAGAUGAUUAACAUUUUUUCCUUUUCUGUAUUUUGGAAGAAUUUCUAGAUGUCUUGGGCUACAGUUAAUUUAAAUGUUCUUUUGAUACAGAGUUCUAUUGAAAUUUUUGAAGUUCAUUUCACUCUUAAAGUUACAUAUUUUUUAAAAAUGAAAACUACAUUCCUAAAAACUUUUGUUAAAUGUAUGGAGUAACCAUUAAUUUAGACUGUACGAGAUUAGACUGUAUCAAGAAAGUUUUCUGAACAUUUGAGGAAUGAAUAAACAAAUGUACUGAAAAAUAAAAAAAAAUGUAACCUUCAAAAUAUUAAAUAAUUUGGGGUUUUUGCAAAAUUCUGAUUAGCAUUUUGCCAUUGUUUUGUAACUUGUGAUAUGUGCCACAUUUUAUUUCACGAAUGUCUAUUAGUGGCUAGGUCGAUACUAUGCUCCUGGAUUUUAGUUCCCUCCUGCUGAUAUUUCUAUUGCCUUCAAAAUUUUAUCAUCUAAAUUUGCCAAGAAACAAAUCCAGUUGCAUGUUUUUAAUGCUGCAGAAAACCUGCAGUAACUAAUGGUAAG